AUUUCUGUAUUUUUUUAGUCACACAAGAUCUGAUUGACAGCUGGGCCAUCACAGGGAAGGUUGCACGCUUUGUAACUGAUGCCAGGGCAAAUAUGAUCGCGUCUGCAAGACUAUUAAAAAUCGGGCAUAGUCCUUGCAUCGCACAUACUUUAAAUUUGAUUGUUAAAAAAUCUUGCGAUCAAGUGUCAGACCUAACUGAUAUCCGACAUAAAACCAAAAACAUCGUCACCUAUUUUCGUUCCAGCACUCUUGCCAAGGAAAAGCUGAGUCACGUGCAGCAACAAAUGCAAAAACCAAUUCUGAAACUCAUAAAUGAAGUUCCUACACGCUGGAACAGCACAUACCAAAUGCUGUCAAGAAUAGCAAGCCAAAAAGAGCCUGUUUGGGUGAGUCUGGCAUCUUUAAAAACACCAUUGCCUGCACUUACUGGAGAGGAGCAUGACAUCAUUGCAGAAGUCCUGAUUGUGCUUGCCCCUUUUAAUGCUGCUACUGUGGAGCUUUCAGAGGAGAAGCGAGUGAGUGGGAGCAAAAUAAUCCCGAUGAUGAAAAUGCUUCAUCAUACAAUGCAAAAAUGUGCUCCAUCUCUGGAAACAUCAGUUGGAAAAAAACUGCGUCAUGAACUCGACAAAAGAGUAACCGAAACCUUGAACAAUUAUGAAUCUUCCAGUCAUCUGUCUCUGGCAACCUUAUUAGAUCCACGAUUUAAAGCCCUUGGAUUCUUAAAUGGGACCAAAAUAAAUGAUGCUGUGAAGAAACUAAAAUCUGAAUGUGCUGCAGAGAUGAGAAUUUCUGGGCCACCUUCGGCACCACAGGAAGAUCAGCCUGGCCCCUCAUCUCAUUUGCCAGCAUCUUCUAUGUCAGACAACCUGUGGCAACAGCUGGACAUGGAGGUGGCCCGUACUCGAACAAGUACAAGUGUUGUGGCUGAUGCCAUGAUAGAAGUACAAAGAUACCUUUCAUCAGCAAACAUUCCCAGAACCGAAGAUCCACUGGAAUACUGGAAAUCUCAAAAGAAUACCUACCCACACUUAUUCAAACUGUCCCAAAAAUAUCUGUCUACUCCAGCCUCAUCAGCUCCUUGUGAACGAAUUUUCUCCAAAGCUGGAGAAAUUGCAUCCAAGAGAAGAAAUCGUUUGAGCCCAAACAUGCUUCAAAAACUUCUUUCUGAAUAAAAAUGUUUAAUGUUAUGGAAACUCAUUACAAGUGUGCCUUUAGUUAUAUGCUGCAGUACAUUUUUUUAACCACUAGAUGGAACCCAUACACAUACCAAUACAGCGUGAUACAGCGUCGACACAGUAGGGGGAAUGUGUGACACGCACACUGAGGUAUCAUCUGCACAUC